AUGAACGUUACUUUUGGCAAAGUUGUUUUGGAAGGCGACAGUGGCGGUGGCCUAAUGGCACAACUGGACGAUGGUCGUUGGGUACUGAUUGGUAUUAAUUCACUUUCUGGCCCAUGUGCGGAGCUGUUCAGAAGAGAACAAAGCCCGGCCAUACAAGUCCAUACGAAUGUUGCACUUUAUGCAGCCGAUAUUGCUCGCUUUACUGGCUUCUUGUUACCAUUGGUGCAAUGA